CUGUCGCAGUAACAGAGGAAGAGGGAAAUCCUUCUUUCAACAAGCAACCAUGGCUGAAGAGAACAAGAAUACUGUGAAGGAGGAGGUUCCAGAUAUUGUCCCCUUUGAUCGUACUAAAAAGAAGAAAAAGAAGAAGGUGGUAAUUCGGGAUUCUUCAAGCGAUUCUGUGGACAAGUUGGCUGACAAAACAGAAAACCUAGCAGUUUCUGAUGGACAGGAAAGUGCAUUUUCUGGUUUGAAAAAGAAGAAGAAGAAGCCAGUUGAAUCCAGUGUCUUGAAUGAAGUGGGUGGUGAUACAAGGGAAGAUUUGGAUGACGGGACUGGGGAUGAUGAAGAGGGAGAAGGAAUUGUUUUAGGGGCUUCACAUCCAUGGGAAGGAAGUGAUCGUGACUACCACUAUGAGGAGCUUCUUGGUAGGGUUUUCAAUAUCCUUCGGGAGAAUAAUCCUGAGCUGGCUGGCGACAGGCGUAGGACAACUAUGAGGCCUCCACAAGUACUUCGUGAGGGCACAAAGAAAACUGUCUUUGUUAAUUUCAUGGACUUAUGUAAGACGAUGCAUAGGCAGCCGGAUCAUGUUAUGGCCUUUUUACUGGCUGAACUGGGGACAAGUGGAUCCCUUGACGGUCAGCAGAGGUUAGUUGUAAAGGGAAGAUUUGCACCCAAGAAUUUUGAAGGAAUACUACGGCGCUAUGUCAACGAAUAUGUCAUUUGCAUUGGGUGCAAGAGUCCUGACACUAUACUUUCCAAGGAGAAUCGCCUCUUCUUUCUCAGAUGCGAGAAGUGUGGUUCCGGACGAUCUGUUGCUCCAAUUAAAGCUGGUUUUGUUGCUCGUGUUGGGCGAAGAAAUGCUGGGGCAUGAUCAUAAGCGUCCUGUUUUUGAUCUCUAUUCAGAGGACUGGUUUGCUACAAUGGUUCACUACUGUUAUUGGGUAAUUUUGUUCUGGUCCAUUUGGACAUUGAGAAGAAGAACAGCAGUUUGUCUUUUGUUGCACUACCGUCUACUUACACACCUUUAAUAAGCUUUCGCUGCUGAUCAAUUAUCUGCUGUUUAGGAAUAUUUUAGCUUUCUUCUGCACUAUUCUGUCUGCUCGUUUCUCUGUCUCAGUUUGGAUUGUCAUUCCUUGAGUACUGCUGAAAGGGUGUUAGCAACAUGAGUUCAUCUUGGGUUGAACUAUUGUUUCCUUUUUCCUACGAUGCACAAGUAUCUUGGUCGAACACAUGAUAACUGGUUUAGGCCGCCCGCCGCUCCAAUACUAACCUCGGCUUAGGAGGAGUUUUACACCACUUCACUGAGGUGAAUUGACCUUGCAUGCAUGACUGCUCCACCUGGUUAGGCGUUACUCGUACUGUCCUACUUGGUUAAAAGCUUUCAAGAACGCUUCCAAGUAAACUUAAUUAUUAUAAGGAUCGAGUUUUAAUUACUUACAUUCUUCCAUAAGGACUUGAGAAGUUGCAAUCAGCCUAUCGUAGAUUGUUUCAUUUGCCUCUUUCAGAAGGAAUUGUUAUCAGUCUAGCAUAUGCUUCGACCAAACCAUGCCAAAAUCCAUUUUCAUAUACAAUGAGAAUGAGGCGCCUAAAAUAUA